AUGUCUGCAAGGCAUGGGCUCAACUGUUCGGCCAGUGACAGUGAACUCUUGCAGGAAAGGGUUGUAACCAAUUUUGGUGACGCUGGUGCACAGGACGGUUGGAUGACUGAAGAAUUGUGUAACGUCUUUGCUGCAUUGCGUAGAAAGUAUGGGACAACAGAAGAAAGAAUAGCUCUUAAUCAAAAAUAUAAGAACAUCAUUUGCAAACGAUGCAAGGCCGCUGGUAAAACAUGCAAUACCUCUACUAGCAUCAGAUAUGCUAUGGAAUUGAACGAGCAGCAAUACGAACAGUUAUCGCGAUGGUAUUGCAAGGCAAAAAAACAAAAACGAUUACAACGGAUGACAGAGGUUGAUGUAGGUUUUAAGUCAGAAGAUGUAGGAGAACACAUCGCAGUUAGGACAAAUCUCAUUAGUUCAAGAACUGUGGUCGAUCCAAUGAAAUAUUCCGCGGCAAAGGAAGUUGAAGAUUAUAAUUACAAGGAUCAGCUUGUACAUCGAGACACUGUGGGCAUCACGAAUCGCGAAGAUGAGUCGGUCGUAACAUCAUCCACGUUAGAUGUUACGGACGAUUCGGAAAGUUAUGUGAUAGGUGAAGAGAACGUUGUACGUGCAACGAUGGUCGACAAUGUCCGUACGUCAUACAAGGACAAUUUUCCCUCAUCGGAUUCGAUACACCGUUAUAAUUCCUCGCAGUUAUCUGACGGCGGUUGGAAUUCGGUGUAUAUGCAGAAUACGGACAACUGGCAUGAGCAGUACACGGUCGAGUCAGGUACCCCUACUCAUCGUGGCUCAUAUUGUGAAGAAUUGAACUCGUUCGACGUUGUAUGUGGUGACGCUUAUACUGCAGAAUAUGUAUGCAACAUUAAGCGUGCCUCUGAAGCAUUUUCGUAUGUUAACUCCAGCAGUCUCUUCAACGCGUUGGGAGGUAUAGAUAGGGGUGCAAUGGACAUUUAA